UUCGGCGAGGGUACCGGCCGCCUAGCUCCUCUGACAGGCGCGGCCUGCAGGGCUGCUCCCACACCCCCCUUCCAGGCAGAGCUGCACAUGCCCUGGGUUCUGGUCCAGCAAUGCUGCUGACGAAGGCGGCGCCUGUCCCUGACACCUGGCCCCUGCCUUCCCUUCCACCAUCCCUCACCGGUAAGCCGCAAAGCCAGAGCCGAGGGAGAGGAUCUGCAAGCCCGCCCCCCUCCCAGCGGCAGUGAGACGCAAAUGGACCACUGGGCUCUGCUCCAGCAGGCUGGCUGGAGGCUGGCAGAGGACCCUUUCCUGCCCCAGCCGGAGGCGCUUUGGCACUGCAGGCGGGAGGGAGCGCAGCGCUUCGCCGUGACCUUGGUCACCCUCCUGCAUGAGAACAGGACUGUUACGCGCCCGGGCUGUUUAGCAGGCUGUCUCUAUGGCUACUGGAAUAAACAGCAGAUAAGAGCGCGGCCGCCUCCAAGCAGCACUGCAGUCUGGAGACCAGGAGGGAGCCGGGCUUCUCCGGGUAGCCUGCCACAGCUCAGCAGAGGCAGUUCAGGCGGUCAGCAUGGCUGGAAGCACUGACAUGGCAGCUCUGCAAGCGAGCUUCCGGAAGUUUGCAAUCUAUGGAGACACCAAAGCUACAGGGCAAGAAAUGACUGGGAAAAACUGGGCCAAACUGUGCAAGGAGUGUAAAGUAAUGGACGGGAAAGGGGUCACCGGCACGGACGUCGACAUCGUCUUCUCCAAAGUGAAAGGGAAGACAGCCAGAGUCAUUAGUUACGAGGAAUUCAAAAAGGCCCUAGAGGAGCUGGCCCCAAAGAGGUUUAAGGGCAAGAACAAGGAGGAAGCAUUCGAAUCCAUCUGCCAGCUGGUGGCAGGGAAGGAACCGACCAACGUAGGCGUCACGAAAGCUGCAACGGGCGGGGCAGUGGACAGGCUGACGGACACCACCAAGUACACGGGCUCGCACAAGGAGCGCUUCGAUGAGAGUGGCAAGGGCAAAGGGAAGAGUGGGCGGGAGAACAUCGUAGACACCAGCGGUUAUGUGGGGGCCUACAAGAAUGCUGGCACCUACGAUGCAAAAGUGAAGAAAUAGGGACAACUGGAAGUGCCACUGACCCUUCCAGGUCCAGGCACCCCACAGCCUCUGGGCCUUCAAUCACAUCAGCCUUGGGAACUGGCCUUAAUGGCACAGGCCUCCUGAGACUGUGCUGGGCCCAGCUCCUAGCCACGGAGCCAAGGCUGACAGGCCUCUUGUCACCAAGGGCUGAUGUGAUUAGAAACUGACCUGGCCUUGCACUUUGCUCCCAAUGUUACAUCAACUCCAGAUGUAUUGUGAGCCGUGUCCCUCCUGCUGGCACUAACGAGACCUCCUCCCCUGUACGCCCUCAGGGCGCCAUGCCUCUCCUGCUAGCACUGAGACCUUCUCCCCUAUGCGCCCCCAGGGCGCCAUGCCCCUCCUGCUAGCACUGAGACCUUCUCCCCUGUGCGCCCCCAGGGCGCCAUGCCCCUCCUGCUAGCACUGAGACCUUCUCCCCUAUGCGCCCCCAGGGCGCCAUGCCCCUCCUGCUACCUUCUCCCCUGAACACUCCUAGGCCCUUCUGCUAGCGCUAAAAGGCCUUCUCCUCCGUGCCCCUCACAAGGCCGCCACAUUCCUCCCACUCGCUACAAUGAGGCCUUCCCUUACUCAUGCCACCGGGUGCCUGCCUGUAUCUCUUCCACUAGUGAGGUCUUCUACUCACUACAGAUGCCAAUUUCCCUCCUGCUAGUGACAGAUGGGCCUGUUCCAACCCUAUGUCCCUUCAGCGAAGGCCAGGUCUACACUAGGCUCGUAUAACUAUGUCGCUCGGGCUGUAAAAAAUCCACCCCUCACCCGCAGCACUGCAGUGACACCGACCUAACCCCCAGCACAGACAGCACUGUCAACGGAAGGGCGUCUCCCAUCCGCAGAGCGACUGCCCCUCGGGGCGGUGGGGUCCCCACGCUGAUGGGAGAAGCCCUACAGCAGAACAGCUGUACGGUGCCACUUUUAAAUGUCGACCUGCCCUAAGAUUAACGACACCUCCUCCCCUCUGGGCACAUCAGUCACCAGCGUUACCGCAGCCCCGUCUCCUCAGGGCACUUCACUCGUCAGCAUUAAUAUGAUCCUGCAUGCGCCUUCCCUGGAGAACUGGCCUGCAUUGUGUUUAACCACCACCCCUCGGUCUCCUCAGGCCCCAUCCUCAGACGCCUGCCUUCUUGGUGGAGACACAGCCAAAGGCUCCCCUGCUCUGUAACCUGGCUCUGCAAUAAACCUCCCCCCGUUUUGUA